UCAGUAUGACAAAGGUGUACCCGGAGGAACAGCACGUAGCCGGUAACAAUCAAGUGAUGUUAACCGUAUGGAAGAAGUCUCUGCUCUACAACUGCAAUGGAUAUACCGUGAUUGAUUCCAAGGGCAAUCUGGUUUAUCGAGUAGACAACUAUGCCACCCAAGGAAAAAAUGAUGAGAUCGUUCUCAUGAAUGCUUCUGGCCGUCCUCUAUUUACUAUUCAUCGCAAGAGGUUAAGCCUAUCGGACAACUGGCUUGUGUAUGAAGGAGACAACAUGGUUAAACCACGGUUUUCUGUAAAGAAGCAUAUGAACCCUCUCAACACCACUUCCCUUGCUUCCGUAAGCACACUUGGGUCUUCGAAUAACAACUCUAAAAAUGCCCUUUACGAGAUUGAACGAUCAUACACUAGGAAAUGUUGCGUCAUGUUUGAUGAAAGGCGGCGUUGUGUAGCUGAAUUUAAGCUUAAGGAAACAAGAGGAGGGAUUGCACUUGGCGGAGAUGUUUUCCAAUUGGUUGUACAACCUCUUAUUGAUCCCACAAUUUUCAUGGCCAUGGUAAUUGUCUUGGAUCAAAUGUUUGGUUCCUCAAGACACUUUUGCACAUAA